AUGGGGCAAGGCUACUCCCUCACAACCCUUUCAACGGGUUCGGCUGGGAUAGAUAUCCCCGAGCUGUCAGACCUGAUGUAUGAGAGGUCUAUGGGUGGCGGCCGGUUCAUGAAAAGUAUCCGAGCAAGACAGCAAAAUGGCCUCGUUCUUGUAAAGGUAAUCAUGAAGCCUUACCCCAGCAUGAAGCUAGAGUCCUAUGUCAAAGCCAUCAUUCGGGAGCGCAAGCUACUUUCUGAUGUCCCAAAUGCUUUGAGCCAUCAAAGAAUUUUGGAGACCGGCACCGGGGGUUAUCUGGUUCGCCAAUAUAUUCACAGCUCUCUAUAUGACCGGAUGAGCACUCGACCAUUUCCAGAAGAAAUCGAGAAGAAAUGGAUUGCAUUUCAACUUUUAUGUGCUCUUCGGGAUUGUCACUCAUUGGAUGUUUUCCAUGGCGACAUCAAGACAGAGAACAUCUUGGUGACAUCAUGGAAUUGGCUGUACCUCACAGACUUCUCCUCGUCUUUCAAGCCCACAUUCUUGCCGCAGGACAAUCCUGCAGACUUUUCUUUUUAUUUUGAUACCUCAGGUCGACGAACGUGCUAUCUGGCCCCUGAGCGGUUCCUCGAGGCCGGUGAGGAACCAGGGAAUAGGCGUCUCAACUGGGCCAUGGAUAUAUUCAGUGCUGGCUGCGUGAUUGCAGAGCUGUUUCUAGAAGCGCCCAUCUUCACCCUAAGCCAGAUGUAUAAAUACCGCAAAGGCGAAUACAGUCCGCAACACAGCCAGCUGGUCAAAAUUGAGGACCCGGAGAUCCGAGAGAUGAUCCUCCACAUGAUUCAGCUUGAGCCAGAGUCGAGAUAUUCUGCUGAAGAAUACCUGAACUUUUGGAAAAAUAAAGCUUUUCCGGAGUAUUUCUACAGCUUUCUUCAUCAGUACAUGUCUUUGAUGACAGACCCUUCGUCGGGCAGGGCGCAAGUGGAAGCGGAAUCAGCAAACCGGGGCGAGUCAGAUGACAGGAUUGAGAGGGUUUACUACGAUUUUGAUAAAAUCUCUUACUUCCUGAGUGCAUCUUCGAGGCCUGUGAAAGACGGCUCCGGUCGCAGUAACUCCAGGCUUACUGGGAACGGGUUCCCGAUCCACCUUGAUCUCCCGAACUACGGGCCACAGGCUGCGAAGUCUCAGCUCCGAACUGACGAUGGCGUUCUGAUCUUCUUAACCCUUGUCGUGUCUAGUCUGCGCAACACAGCAAGGGCAUCUGCCCGAAUCAAAGCUUGCGAUAUCCUGCUCGCUUUUGCAGAGAGAUUGUCGGAUGAGGCGAAGCUUGAUCGUAUUUUGCCUUACAUUAUGAUCCUUCUAAACGACCGCACGGAUAGUGUGAAAGUUGCUGCCAUUCGUGCUCUUGCGCAGCUACUGGAGAUGGUGCAGGUCGUCUCGCCGGUGAACGCGUAUCUCUUUCCAGAAUACAUCUUCCCUCGGCUGCAACCGUUCGUCUCUAGCUCCAGCUCCAAUCCCAGCCCGAUGGUGCGCGCUGCGUAUGCCUCCUGCAUCUCUUCACUAGCGCAAUCUUCUCUGAGAUUCUUAGAUAUGAUCCAGGCUCUGCGCUCUGAUACUCGUCUUUCCGCCCUUAUACCGGCCGGGUCCGAGCCAAGAUGGACCGAGGAUGCCACCUUUCACAAUCUCUAUGACGUUGCGAGGGUAGACCUUCUCGAAUAUUUUGAGAACCAUACCAAAGCUCUCCUUACCGACACCGACACAUCUGUCCGCCGUGCAUUCUUAGGCUCAGUGCCCAGUCUGUGUGUGUUCUUCGGCAACCUUAAGACGAACGAAGUGAUCUUGAGUCAUCUGAACACUUAUUUGAAUGAUCGGGACUGGAUCUUAAAAUGUGCGUUCUUUGAAGCAGUAGUCGGAGUCGCAGCUUACGCUGGAAGUACGAGUUUGGAGCAGUACAUAUUGCCUUUGAUGAUUCAAUCUAUGACCGAGCCCGAGGAAUUUGUUGUUGAGAGAGUGCUUCGGUCCCUGGCAGCGAUGGCUGACCUUGGUCUUUUCCAGCGAUCGACCACUUGGGAGGUCCUCCAGAUCGUCGUGCGUUUCUUAGUCCAUCCAAAUACGUGGAUUCGUGAAGCAGCCGUUUGCUUCAUCAUCAAUAGCGCAAAGCAUCUGUCCGUUGCCGACAAGUACUCAAUCCUGGGCCCUCUCGUCCAACCAUACUUGAGAGUCAACAUUGUAGUUUUCUCCGAAGAGAAACUGCUUGAUGGUCUCAAGAAACCAUUAUCAAGGAGUGUUUAUGACCUGGCCUUCGUUUGGGCUUCUAAAGCGGAGAAAGGUCUUUUCUGGAAGUCGACAGCUCGAGAUGAAGUGUUCAGUGUGGGCGGCACUGACCAUUUUCUUCCGAAGGGAGGCCAAAAGAUCCCAAACUUCUCACACAGCGCGCAACCCAAAAACGAGGAGGAUGAGCAGUGGCUAUCUAGGCUAAGGAACAUGGGACUCGGUCCAGAUGACGAAUUCAAGUUGCUCGCUCUACGAGGCUACAUUUGGGGUGUGUCUUUGCGCCAGAUGAAAGACUCCGACAAUGCGGUGUCCUCACUGAACAACGUAAUUGCCCUGACUCAAUACGGAGUGACACCUCAAACAGUCUUUUUUGAUAAGCAACAGAGCGUCAAGCCCCACGGUACUCUCUUACCCAAAGUUGACGAUGCUGGAUUGGGAGAACGCAAGCCGCACACUAUCACCGAUGCCUUGUUGGAUGCGUCAACUACCAUUGACAGCGCAUCUCACGCUCGUCGGAGACAUUUGAGGACGCGCAGCCAGCUGCAGAGAGAUGCAGGGGACGCCAACGAGACCCCAAGACAGGAGGCACAUGACAAUCUUCGCGCUGAGAAUCCUCAUGGGCUCUCCCCGGUGGCAUCGUCACCAAGUGCUGCAGAACCUCGUCCCCUAUCGCCUCCCAACUCCGAUGCGGAACGAAGGGGCAGCGUGGGCAGACAGAGUCCUGGGCAGGACAGCCCGUCGACUCCAACGGAAGCGGGAAGUCCGGCUGUCAAAAACAAUCAUCUCACAACCCACGUGGAGAGGAAGUCAAGCGCGAUCAGUCUCCUCAAUCGCAAAGAAUCAUCAAAAGCGUAUGCGGAAACUAGUACGAGUUCGGCAAAUGCAUUCGGCAAAGUGGAUGUGCCAUCCCAGCGUCACUCACCACAGCCGUCAGCAUUGACUCUGGCGCACGAAAAGAAAGCUCGACUCAAUGAACCGCAGCACUACCGUGCUAGUCAUUCCUACGCAGGCAACGACCCGGUGAUUCUCAGGCUGCUGGACAGCGUUUUCGCAGAGAAUUACCCCACUGACCUUUUCGAUCUUGGUCCGUUUGUCAAGGAGGCAGACCCUCGCCGCCCGAUUAAGAAGGCCAGCGGCCACGGCGAGAACAAAGUCUGGAAGCCAGAAGGGAGUCUCGUCGCACUCUUUGGCGAGCACAGUGGACCGGUGAAUCGGGUGGUGGUAGCUCCAGAUCACGCCUUUUUCAUCACUGCAUCGGAUGAUGGAACCGUCAAGAUCUGGGAUACUACGCGACUCGAGAAGAACCUGACGCCUAGGUCCCGGCAAACAUAUCGUCACUCCAGCGAGGCCAAGGUGAAGACGCUGACCUUUGUCGAGAACACUCAUGCAUUCAUUAGCGGUGCCACUGAUGGGAGCAUCCAUGUCGUGAAGGUUGAUUACCAUAACGUCAAUGAGACGGUUCGAUACGGGAAGCUCCAGCUCGUACGUGAGUACCAACUGCCGGCAACUGACGAUGGGUCUGUCGAGUACGCGCUCUGGAUCGAACAUUUCCGCUCUGAUGCACAAUCCACGCUGUUGAUUGCGACCAACACCUGCCGCAUCCUGGCUCUGGAUAUGAAGACUAUGCUUCCCAUCUAUUCAUUGCAGAACCCUGUCCAUCAUGGCACACCGACAACGUUCUGCUGUGACCGAAAGCAUAACUGGCUGCUAGUAGGGACCACGCAUGGAGUCCUUGAUCUCUGGGACCUCCGGUUUCGGGUGCGUCUGAAGGCCUGGGGUCUCCCAGGUUCGGGUGCUAUCCUCAGGCUCCAGGUACAUCCUACAAAGGGACGUGGGCGGUGGGUUUGCGUCUCGAGCAGUGGGAGCCGCGGCAACGAGAUUACAGUCUGGGAUAUUGAAAAAGUUCGCUGUCGCGAGGUAUACCAUGCCGACUCGCCCGGCAGCAAUGCAGUUGGCAACGGAGGACCUGCCGCCUCUCCAGUUGAUAACCCCAAGGCGAAAUCAGCCUUUGCCAGCACCAGAGACUAUGAGCCCUGGCACGUCGAGAGCGACCGGCCGGAAGGAAUGCUCAGUCGGUUCGGCACGGAGGGACCAUUGUCGGGGGCCAUUGAGUCCUCGGGGCCAUCGGCGGCCAGCACUCCUGCCGGUAUCUGCGCCUUUGCCGUUGGCUAUGACUCGCCAGAGGAUGGCAAGGACAACAGCACCAGAUGCGGAUUUAUCGUGUCGGCGGGUUGCGACCGGAAGAUCCGCUUCUGGGACCUAGCUCGGCCCGAGCUUUCUAGUAUUGUCAGCGGCCAGGACAUUGUGUCGGAAGGGGGGAUGAGCGGCAAGCCACGCUACGAGUUGUCUCAACCACUGCCGAAUCUACUCGUGACUACAGAACACAUUCCCGGCCCUCCAGCGGCUAGCAGUGCGGGGAACAAGGGCAGCAGCAAGAAAGGGGGCGGUGCCAGGCUUCCACGUAGUACAGUGAUCAGUCUGCAGCAGCAGCAAUUGCUGAAGAGUCAUCUGGAUUUCAUCCAGGAUGUAGCGGUGUUGAGGGUGCCAUAUGGGAUGAUCAUCAGCGUGGACCGAGCGGGAAUGGUGUAUGUCUUUCAAUGA